AUGAAGAAAGGCGAGCACUACCUGCCCACUGGAAAUACUCGCCACGGUGGUGUUCGUUACCAGCUGUGCAAAAUAACAACUCCAGCGAGAGGUGCGGCUGAGCAGGAAAGGCAGGUGCUUCGGCAGCGGUCUAAUGAAUCAGGGCACGGUGGUAUCUUCCAUUUAAAAGUACCUGAGUCCUCUCAUGUUGGUUCUGCUAUUGGAAGGAUCAGAGCUGUGGACCCUGAUUUUGGGAAAAAUGCAGAAAUUGAGUACAACAUAGUUCCAGGAGAUGGAGGAAACUUGUUUGACAUCACAACAGAUGAGAACACCCAGGAAGGAGUCAUCAAACUGAAAAAGCCACUAGACUUUGAAACAAAAAAGGCAUACACCUUUAAAGUUGAGGCCUCCAAUCUCCAUCUUGACCACCGAUUUCACUCGGUGGGUCCAUUCAAAGAUACUGCCACUGUGAAGAUAAACGUGUUGGAUAUGGAUGAACCUCCAGUUUUCAGCAAGCCUGUGUACACAAUGGAGGUUUAUGAGGACACACCUGUGGGGACCAUUAUAGGUGCAGUGACAGCACAAGACCUCGAUGCUGGCAGCAGCUCGGUUAGAUAUUUCAUCGACUGGAAAAAUGAUGUGGACAGCUACUUUACAAUAGAUGCUACUGAAGGAACCAUUGCUACUAAUGAAUUACUGGACAGAGAAAGCACAGCACAGUACAAUUUCUCUAUAAUUGCAAGUAAAGUUAGUAACCCACUAUUAACCAGCAAAGUCAACGUUAUAAUAAAUGUCCUGGAUGUCAACGAGUUUCCUCCUGAAAUUUCAGUUCCAUAUGAGACAUCUGUAUGUGAAAAUGCCAAACCAGGACAGGUGAUACAGACUGUCACUGCAGCAGACAAAGAUUUGUCACCAGCUGGGCAAAGGUUUUCCUUCAGACUGUCAGCUGAAGCUUCCAACAAACCAAAUUUCACAGUCCAUGACUACAGAAACAACACAGCUGGGAUUGAAACCAGGAGAAAUGGUUACAGCAGAAGGCAGCAAGAGCUGUACUUUCUUCCAGUAGUAAUAGAAGAUAGCAGUUACCCUGUCCAGAGCAGCACAAACACAAUGACUAUCCGUGUUUGCAGAUGUGAUCCUGAUGGUACCAUCCUGUCCUGCAACGUGGAAGCAAUCUUCUUACCAGUAGGCCUCAGCACAGGAGCGCUGAUUGCAAUCUUGUUGUGUAUAGUUAUACUUCUAGUCAUUGUGGUACUGUAUGUAGCACUACGGAGGCAGAAGAAAAAGAACACCCUGAUGACCUCUAAAGAAGACAUCAGAGAUAAUGUUAUCCAUUAUGAUGAUGAAGGAGGUGGAGAAGAGGACACCCAGGCUUUCGACAUAGGUGCCCUGAGGAAUCCCAAAGUGAUUGAAGAUAACAAAAUACGCAGGGACAUAAAACCAGACACCUUGUGUUUUCCACGUCAGAGACCACCAGUGGAAGAUAACACAGACAUAAAAGAUUUCAUUAAUCAAAGGCUGCAGGAAAAUGAUGUAGAUCCAACUGCACCCCCUUAUGACUCCUUGGCAACCUAUGCUUAUGAAGGAAAUGGAUCUGUUGCAGAGUCUCUCAGCUCUAUAGACUCCCUUACUACAGAGGCAGAUCAGGAUUAUGACUAUCUGAGUGACUGGGGACCUCGCUUCAAGAUCUUGGCAGAUAUGUUUGGAGAAGAAGAAAGUUAUAACCCUGACAAAGUCACUUAAGUACAACUACAACAGUGAAAUAAAAAGAAAAGUAAACCAACAACAAAUUUAAAAGAUAAACCUAAGCUUUAUAAUAGGACAGGAUUCCUUUGAUUAUAAAAGACAGCAACUGUUUCCAGCAAGUUACUACAUUUAUCAUACUGUCAGUUUUGGUUUGAUCUGCAAAGGAAAGAUAAAUCCUGUAAUAUACACAGUUUUUUGUGGUUGUUAUUUUGUUACUCUGGAAUUACACUGAGACAAGCUCAGGCCUAUAAGGUACAGUUUACUGACCUGAUUUAGAAAGAAGAUAGCUUUCUGGCAUCAUGGUGGAAGAGUGGUAGCUUUUUCGUAAUUCCACUAAAGUGCCUAUUGAAACUUUUAUCAUUUAAGUGGUAAAGAGUCUGCUGUGAUGGUGUUACAAAACUGAAUGGUAAAUUGGACAAGAACUUCAAGACAAGAAGCAAUAGCAACAUGCUGACUUCUUUUAGAACAAAAAUGGAGAUCACUUCUUGGAAUAUAUUUAAUGACUAAAACUAAGGGGGGGAGGGGGGGAAGGGGCGUGUAUGUUGUGUUCAGGGGUUAUGUUUGGGUUUUUAAAAGAAGAAAACAGUAUGUCGAGACAUCAUAUUUCUUCUUCCAAAAUUUCACUGAAAAUUUAAAUUUAAAAUGCUAUUGCUCACUCUG